AUGAUGAACAGCCCGCAGCCUGGAAGGACCGCCAAGGACGACCGGGGUGACCCCAAGGUCAUCGCCACCGUGAAGACGAUUAACGUGAUGAAGGCCUCCAACGCCAUCAUGCCCGAGUUCCUGAAGGCCGUCCAGAAGUAUCACCAGCAACUGCACGCCCUCAACCAAACCUCACAGGUGCUGUCAGAUUUGAUGCUGAAGCUCGCCGACGUAGAGAGCGGAGACCUGAGUGACUCCAUCCGAAAGAUUUCAGACACCCAGAAGCUCAUCGAUGCGAAGCGCUGGAAGUUUGCGACGGCCCUUCAAGAAGCCCUCGUGCAGUCGUACGAGAAGUCCGGCGGUGGACAGCUGGAGACCGACAAGUCCGACGUCGCCACCUUCGAGAAGACCUACAAGGCCCAGAAGUCGGCGUCCAUGAAGAACAUCAAGAAGUUCGAGAAGGAGUUCAACAAGGCCAACAAAAAGAAGAAGAAGGACGAGGACAAGAUCAAGAAUCUGGCCAACACGCUGGAGCAGAGCGUCGAGUCGCACGAUCGGAUGUUGGGCGAUGAACUCAAGAAGGCCGAGCUGCUGGACAGAAGGCGGGUGUGUUUCUUCAUCAAGCAGUGGUCCAAGGUCCUCGCCGAGGAAUCAGAGGGAAUGGAGGCGGGCCUGGCCGAGAUCAGCAAGGUCAAGACGGAGCUGGACCAGUUCACCAGCGAUCCCGACAAGGUGUCCGGCACCACCGACAACCUGAUCGAGAAUUCCCGCCCCACCAAGACGCUCGACCAACUGAAGAAGAUCCGGGAGACGGGCUACUACUCCGAGUCGCUGCUCAACAUAUCCGGCAUGGAUGACGAUGAUGACGAUGACGUCGGUGGCUCCACCAUUCUCAAGGGUCGUUCGGUGCCCACAUACAAGGUGAGGGUCAAGCAGAGGUUCGAUGCCACCCACCCCGACGAGAUGUCACUCACCCUGGGCGACAUCUUCGAUGUGAGCGAGGAGAUCGACGAAAACUGGGCCAUCGCCGAGGUGGCAGGCAAGCGAGGGAUGUUCCCGCUCAACCACGUCGAGAAAAUGAUCAUGCUAGGCGCCAGCGGCUCCCGCUUCUAG